GUUUGCUAAGCACAUUGACUGUAUUUUUUAAAUAUAUUAAAUUGAAUUUAUAUGUGUGAUUAUAUGAAUUUUUAAAAACAAUUUAUAAAAACAAUAUAAUAAAGUUUUUAUUGAAGAGAUCAUUAUAAUGUCGAAUUCUAGAAAAACCAAAACAAGACGUGAUAGUGAUUCAGUAGAUAUUAAUCCUAAAAGAAUGAAAUCAGAAGACGAAGAUAAUUCAGAAAAAAAGGAAAAUAGUAUAGUUACAAGUGAUGCUUCACUUGAAAACAUUUCUGAACAAUUAUUGUCAGUGGAAUAUAAUUUGGCUACUGAGUUAAGAAAAAUUACAUUCCGUUUGCCAGUAGAGUAUGUUUAUAGUCCACUUGAAUAUGCAUUUAAUAUACACACUAUGUAUGUACAAAAGUAUUGUAAUACUGUUAAGAAAAUAUUGUUUCUUGGAAUGAAUCCUGGUCCUUGGGGUAUGUCCCAAACUGGUGUUCCAUUUGGAGAGAUAAGUAUGGUUCGCGAUUGGUUAAAAAUUUCUGGACCUGUUGGAAAACCAGCCAAAGAACAGCCAAAUAGAAAAGUAGCUGGAUUUCAAUGUACCCGUAGCGAAAUCAGCGGGAAAAGAUUAUGGGGUCUUUUUCAAGAAUUAUGUAAAAGUCCAGAGAAAUUCUUUGAACAUGCAUAUAUACAUAAUUAUUGCCCUAUUGCAUUAAUGAAUAAAAAAGGCUGUAAUAUUACACCAGCAGAAAUGAAGGGACCAGAGAUACAAAUCUUACAUUCUGCUUGUGACAAGGCAUUAGCAGAUGUAAUUAAGAUUUUAAAAGUUGAAAUUGUAAUUGGCAUUGGUGGAUAUGCAGAGAAACGAGCACAAUUAGUAGUUCAAUCUUCAAAAUUACCUGUGAAGGUUUUAUGUUUACCUCAUCCAAGUCCACGUGCUGUGAAUAAUAAAAAUUGGAGUGAAAAAGCAACACAAAAGUUAAUUUCAGGUGUGAAACAUGGGCUACAUAACUGACAUUCUACGCGAAAACAGUCAUUACAUUCUAUGCAAAGUUCUGGCAAAACCAUUAUAUUCUUCUCAGCUACUUCCAUUUCUUCCUCCAUUCUGUUCCUG